AAAAGGGAGUCCAGGCGACCGGCCAGAGAGCCCCUCUCCCGGCCCGUUAUCCCCCUUCCCCAGUCUAGGGUCUCUAGGGGAGGGAGCCGCGAGAGUCCCCCGCCCUCGCCCUGCCUGGCACCUGGUGCGAGCUAAACUCUCCUCCGAGCGUCUCUUCGCCCCACCCUUUGUGAUUCAGAGCCCCAACCCCGCCCAGGAGCUAAUUUAACUCGCCUGGCGGCACACCCAGGCGCUGCUGCUGCUUACAGCUCCUUGCUGGAGCCCGCUUCCACUUACUCCGGGUCCCGGGCCCCGCGCGCCAUGUGCCUCCCCGGCGGGCCGAGCGCGCCGCCGCCGCUGCUCCUGCUGCUGCUAUUGCUGGGUCCACCUGCGGCUCAGGGUGACUGCAACAUUCCCCCAGAGGUACCUAAUGCCCAAGCAACUUUGGGAGAUCUCUUGAGUUUUCAUGAAGGAAGCACAGUAACAUACAAAUGUAAUGAAGGCUUUGUAAAGGUUCCUGGCAGGGCCGACUCAGUGGUCUGUUUCAACAAUAAAUGGUCAGAGGUGGCAGAAUUCUGUAACCGUAGCUGUGACGUUCCAACCAGGCUACUUUUUGCAUCUCUCAAAAAGUCUUUUACCAAACAGAAUUAUUUCCCAGCGGGUUCCAUUGUGGAAUAUGAAUGCCGACCUGGCUUCCGAAGGGACAGUUUCUUCUCAGGAAAACUAACUUGCCUUCAGAAUUUUACAUGGUCCAAACCAGAUGAAUUUUGUAAAAAAAAAUCAUGUCCUAAUCCUGGAGAUUUAAGACAUGGUCAUGUCAGCAUACCAACUGACCUAUUAUAUGGUUCAUCUAUCUCCUUCUCGUGUAACGAGGGGUACAGGCUAGUUGGUGAAACUUCUAGUUACUGUUCCCUUGUAGACAGGGAUGUUGGGUGGAGUGAUCCAUUUCCGGAAUGCCAAGAAAUUUUUUGUCCAGAACCACCAGAAAUUAGCAAUGGAUUCAUUCUGGAUCCACGGGACGCUUAUGUGUAUCAACAGACUAUAAAAUAUAGAUGUAAUGAAAGCUUCACCCUGAUCGGAAAGAACUCUAUUUAUUGUACUGUUAGAGGUGACCAAGGAGAAUGGAGUGGCCCGCCACCUGAAUGCAGAGGUUCUCCGAUUCCUAAGGUCACACUACCAGCUCAGAACUCCACCACGGUAAUUGGAUCAGCUACAAAGCCCACAUCAACUCCUCAGAAACCUACCACAGCAAAUGUUCCAAGUACCAAAGCUACAUCAACUCAGAAACCCAGUACAGCAAAUGUUUCAGGUACCAAAGUCCCAUCAACUCCUCAGAAACCCGACACAAUAAAUUCUUCAGCUGCGGAAGGCCUACCAACUCCUCCGAAACCCACCACAGUACAUGUUUCAGCUACAAAGACCCCAUCAACUCCUCAGAAACCUGACACAAUAAAUUCUUCAGCUGCAGAAGCCAUACCAACUCCUCAGAAACCCACCACAGUACAUGUUUCAGCUACAAAGACCCCAUCAACUCCUCAGAAACCCACCAGAGCAAAAGAUUCAGCCACAGCCAAAAAAUCCCCCAUAUCAAAUGCUCUAUCUACAGAGACCCCAUCAGCAGCCCAGAAUCCCAUCAUGGCAAAUGCGUCUGCUACACAGGCCAUGCCAGUAACCCAUAGAUCCACCACAGCGAAAGCUUCAUUUACACGGAGUCUUCCAGCAACACGAAAGUCCACUAUUAUCCAUGCCCCAGUGACUAAGGGUCUCCAUACAACAAAAAGAUUGACCUCUGCUCAUAUUACAGCAAAACAGAGUUCCGCUACUCCCAAGACAACCAGCACACCUAAUGGAAAAGGGACCCUCUCUUCAGAUGCUGCCAUCAUUGCAAUUGGUAAGUUUGGUUCUUCGGCAGUUAAAAAAAAUUGUCAUCACUGUGGGAUGUACAAUCCAUAUUCCUGGAAGAGAAUAUUGUCUUUUUACUGUCUUAGGAAUACUAUUAAAAUGAAAUGUUUAAGGGUGUCAAGGAGAAGACAGGUAAAUGCAGUUUAUCGACGUGUUUGGUGGACACCAAUAGGUACUCGGUAUGUUCCUAAGUAUUCCCAACCACGUUCUUGUAACAGGGUAACUUUAGGGCAACUUCAAAUCAUUUGGCCAGUCAAUCAAGUAUCCUUGAAUGCCUAUUGUCUCAAUGCAUCAUCAUUUUAGGGGCCAAAAACAACAAGAAGGAGGCUGUUGUCAAUACAGUUUUUAAGCCUCAAGAAUUAUAUAAGUACUCACAAACUACUCCUUGACUGUUUCUCGACUUCUAUUCCAAAUAAACCAGAAUGCUACCUUUGAUUACAUUCUCUUCCUUUUCCCUUCCCUGUCAGUGAUUUAAAGCAAAAAUAGCUUUAAAAUUAUUCUGUUGCUAUAGACAUAAGGACAUACCUGUGUUGCAAUUUCUUCUGGCCUUUAUUCCAGUAUUUUUUUUGUUGUUCAUAAAUAUAUUAUUUGAUGUUAUACAUUUUAACAAGAAGAUUGAUAACUCCUAAAGAAGAUGAUAAAAGAAAUGUUUAAGAAGCAAUACAGCUAUGUAAUGUAUGGUGAUUAACAUAACAUAAUAAAAUAAAAUUUAAAAAAAGCAAUACAGCUAAGUUGGCAUAUUAAUAAGGAAUGCCCAACAGAAAAUAUACACUUAUAAAAAAAGUGAGUAUUUUAAAAUUAUGUCCUUAUAAGCUAAGGUCUCCUAUCUAUGUAUGCAUGAAUGAGACAAGGGACUGAUGCUGAAAGUAGGUAUUUUAUUAUUAUUAUUAUUAUUAUUAUUAUUAUUAUUAUUUAUAGUUCUUUUAUAUUUUGAAUGAACCUCUCUUUAGCUAAAAUACUUAUCUUGAAAGAUUUGAACAGUUGGAAUUCACUUUGUUUGUUUGAUAUUUUAAAUAGAAAUAAAUGUAUUCUAAAGGAAAACUUCAUGAUUUCAUCAUUUAAUGUUAACAGUGAUGAGUUUAGUGGAUGGGCUUUUUCUCACCUGCUCAGUGGCAUCCAAUGAAGGUUUGAGGGGCUUAUUUUCUCUGAAAUUCUUGAAGUACGUACUAUGUGCUUUUCCAGAAACUUUCCCUUAGGGUUAGAUGUAAUUCCAACUUGUGCUGAAAAAUAAAGAGGAGCUCUUUCCCUCUUAAAUCAGACAUAUGGCAAUAUUUUUCUUUGGGAUCUUACACUUGUAAAAUAUAAACCUAAAAAUUAUCUUUAUUUCUUCAAUUUACUCUGUGAAUCGGGUCACUUUUCUCAUCUUUAUUUUAUCAGUUUUUUAAAAAUUUGACCGUAGUUGAUACACAGUGUUACAUUAGUUUCAGGUAUACAACAUAGCAAUUGGACAAGUGUAUAUACAUUAUGCUGUGCCCACCCCAAGCGCAGCUGCUGUCUGUCACUAUACAAAGCUAUUAUAAUGUCAUCGACUAAAUUCCUUAUGCUGUGCCUUUUUAUUCCUGCCACUUUUCUUAUUUUAAAGAUAAGCAAACUCUACUUACAAGGAAAUUGCUUUUCUUGAUUACACUGCAGUGUUAAUGAGUGAUAUAGAUGAUACUAGAACUUUGGAAGUAUUUGAAUUUUUUCCUAUUUAAUUCUGCUAAAAAAGAGAGACUGACUAAUCUCAGAACUUCCUUAUUUGCCAUGUAAGUGAAGACUUUAUUGUGAGGUCUAAAGCUAUUCUGCUGGCUCUGUAUUGGUGUUUCUCCAAAACCUUUUUUUCAUUAUUGCCCUCUCCCCCUCAAGGCACUUUUUAGACAUUUUCCUCAUCACCCUCCCUCUGUGAAAUUUUACUACCACAGAAAAUACUGUAAAUCUAUUUAUAUUCUCUAUGUGUAUCUAUACUUUAUACAUAAAAAAGUAAGAUUUUUUUUCACCCUUUUGGGAUAAUACCCCUCAUUGAGAAUACAUGCUCUACAUAGUUGUUUUGUUUCUGUUUUUGUUUUUUUUAUGCAACGUUGUAAAGAAGACAGGCUUCUGUUUUGGAGUCAGCCAGAUCUUCGUUUGAAUCCUGUUGUUUUUUUGUUUUUUUGUUUUAAUUUAGUAAUUAUUCAACCCAAGUGAUUGAACUUAAUCUUUCUGAGUCCCAGUUUUCUCAUUUUUGAUUGCUGUUUAAAGUCUUUGAAGCUUAAUGAGAUAAUAGAUAUGAAAACUCCAGCACAGUGCUAACCAUUGAAUAAAUAUUAACUUAAAGCAGUCAUGCAGUGCAGUCGCUGUUAUUUUCCUAAAAUGGGUUUCUCUCUUUCUUUUUUUUUUUUUUAAGAUUAUUUAUUUAUUUAUUUGACAGAGAGGGACAGCGAGAGAGGGAACACAAGCAGGGGGAGUGGGAGAGGUCGUAGCAGGCUUCCGGCCGAGCAGGGAGCCCAAUGCAGGGCUCGAUCCCGGGACCCUGGGAUCAUGACCUGAGCCGAAGGCAGACGCUUAACGACUGAGCCACCCAGGCGCCCCCUGAAAUGGGUUUCUGACAGUUUUAUCAUUCCCUCAGGCCACACCAAAGAGUAAGAACAGUCCUUUGUUAAGGUAAUAUUUGCAUUUUUGCUGUGUGGCAAGUACUCUACUGAAAUUUUUAUAUUUUUAUUUUACUUUUCAAAACAUCUUAUAAUGUAUCUAUGUCCCAUUUUUAAUUUUUUUAAUUUUUUAAUUUUUCUUUUAAGAUUUUAUUUAUUUGACAGAGAGAGCGCGCACAAGCAGGGGGAGCAGCAGAGGGAGAAGCAGGCUCCCCGCUGAGCAAAGAGCCUGACUCAAACUCUGGGCUCCAUCCUAGGCCCCUGGGAUCGUGACCUGAGCAGGAGGCAGCUCCUUAACUGACUGAACCACCUAGGAGCCCCUCUAUGUCCCAUUUUUUAUCUGAAAGAAUGAUUUUUGCAAGAUUUGUAACUUGCCCAAGGGCACACAUCUCUUAGGCGCUUCAACAGAGGCAGAGUACUCGUUUCUCCAGCACUUGAAAGGAUAGAUUCUUGUCCUAUGUGCAAAUCUGCACAACUCAAAUUUGACAAUUAAUGUAGUCCUGAUUCUUUACUUCCCCCCCCUCCAUUGCUGAAAUCCUAUAUCGUGAUGUUCAUAAAUCUCUUAUGGGGAUUAAUAGGUCAGUUGAAGGAAUAUUUAAGAAAAAAUUAGAGACUACUCAGUGACAUAUCUAAAAUGCUUUUUCUGUAUCCUUCAAAGAUCACAUGCUGAUUAACUUUGGCUUUGUACAUCCACCUGCAUAUGGCAUAUGGUAUAGACUAGCCCAAAUGGAGGCAUACUUUCAAGAGUCUUGAAUCAUCAGUAGUACUUUGAAAUGCAUCAGAUGCUAUAUCAGGUCUUCACUGUGUCUUAUUACCUUCUCUCUGUAAGAUGAACUUACAUCCCAUUAUAAGUAACUUCAAUUAUCUACAAGUUAUUCAAAGUUAAGAAAUCAGACAACAUAAUCAUCUAAUUUUUCAUUGAUCUGCUUAGGCUGGCAAGAGAAGCAUUUGAAUUUCCCGCACCUAAAAAAUUCCCUCACACAAAGAAAAUCCAAUGAUAAUAACAAAACCCUUCAAGGGUCCUAUGGAUGUUGCCGAGGAAGUGGGGUUGAAUUCUGAUUUGUAAAUCUGAAAAUUUAAGGUUUACUGAAGCACAUUCUUUUUCCUUCUAUAAAAGCCUCUUUCUGGUGUGACUUCACCUGUCCACAGACCUCAGUUCCUUUAUUCUGUUAUGUUAAAUAGGAUUAUAAGGAAGAACAACCUAUUAACAACUUUUUUAGUUUUUAGUUUUUUUAGUUUGCAGUCUCUGCACACAUUCUUCUAGAAUUAUGUAUAUGUGCUGAUCAUUGUUCUAAGAAUAAGAUUUUGGUUCAGCCGUCUAGAUGCUCUGGAUCACUUUAAAAUUUUCUAUCUUCAUUUAUCAUUCAAAUUGAAAAUGGGGUGGUUUUACAACCAUUGAAAAUGGUGAAGCUAAUGGAAGUGGUGAAGGGAAAAGAAACCCCAAAUUUUUGAGGAGCCGUGAUUUAUUUGAUGAAUACAAUCUUUCCAAGCUAACGAUAUGGUGCUAGGGGAUCAGUUAAAGAAAUUGAUUGAGUAAAAUACCGUAAAAACUUACCUGUGGUAGAAAUAGCUGUUUUGUUCAAUCAUGUAUUCAUAGGACAGUGCAACUGUGUGACAUGAGCGUUUGCUGAUUGGUAACCAAUUCGUGAUUUGAUCACAUUACUUUCAGUUGCUUUCCUAGUGUCAUCUGUAAUUUCCUUUGCAAUACAGAUCAAAAGAAUAGAGUUCAAGGACAUUGCAGGUUGGAGUAGGAAGGAAAAGGGAGCCCAAGAAUGGUAUGGAGAAAGGGCACAUGGGUGGUUUGGAAGAAGAAAGAUUGUGUGUGAAAAUCAAACUAUAAAAAUUACUGUUGACCAACUUAUUUGACCAAUUACUUUUCUGUCAUUCAACUCAAAGUAGUGCAUUUAAUCUCAAAAUAGUGCUUUCCUAAAUGAAAUUGUAUCGACAACAGACUAAACACUGAACAGCAUAUUCUGUAAGCAACAUAAAUAUGUUUUAGCCUCCAUGCACAGGUGAUAUCACCUUUCCUGUGAUGGAGAAAUGCCUAUAGCUCUUAGCUUUACUAGGAACAAAGUAAAUGGCCUUCCUAUUAACCACAUAUGUAGCCCUCAUCUCUCUGAGACUCAGUUUACUCAUCUACACAAGAUACCUUCUAGUGCUAACAUUACAUAAUGCAGUCAUCAUUUUUUUUUUUUUAAGAUUUUAUUUGUUUGACAGAGAGAGAGAGAGUACAAGUAGGCAGAGAGACAGGCAGAAGGAGAGGGAGAAGCAGUCUCCCCGCUGAGCAGGGAGCCCAACGCGGGGCUCAAUCCUAGGACCCUGGGAUCAUGACCUGAGCUGAAGGCAGCCGCUUAACCGACUGAGCCACCCAGGCGCCCCUGCAGUCAUCCUGUUUGAAUGACCAAUGAUCAAAGCAUUUAAAAUUGAGCCUGGUGGGGUUGAAACCCUUCAGAAGCCUCUCCAAUGGGUUAAACACAUCUUAUUUGAGUAUGUGAUACUUUAAAUAUUUUAUUUUAUUUUUCUUUGACCGAAAGGAUAAAUAGCAUGCAAUUUUUACUGUCAAACUUGUGACAUAAGAAAGCCACACACAGAAUAGAAUUCACAUCUCCUGUUUUUCUUUAACUUGGCUCAUAACCGGUGUGUUUGUCAUUGUAAAACUGCAUUGUAUAUGUACUUGCUCAUGCUUCUAUUAACCGUGUUACCAAAUUUUUUCCC